GAUAAAGGAAAUGAUACUUUGAGGAACUGGAGAGGACACAGAAGCGUUUUGUUUUUUAAGAGAGGAAACCCGUCCCCUCUUCCCAGCUUGCUCCCGCUUUGCUGAUUUCAGGAGCCACCCUCCUCUUAGUGAGGUGAGAAUCCAGCAGGAAUAAAGGUGAAGACGGGCCGCCAGGACCCAGGAGGGAAACACUGACCAUUAGAAACCUUUGCAGAAGACACUGUAAGGAAGAACGCAAGGGAGAGAAACACAAAGACUUAAAAUUAUACAAGAAAUCUACAAACCCAGUUCUGGAGAAAGCCUCCUUCUCCAAAAUGGAUAUGUUUCUUCUCACCUGGGUUUUCUUAGCUCUCUACUUUUCAGGACACGAAGUGAGAGGCCAACCAGACUCACCCUGUGGAGGUCGUUUGAAUUCCAAAGAUGCUGGCUAUAUCACCUCCCCAGGUUACCCCCAGGAUUACCCAUCCCACCAGAACUGCGAGUGGAUUGUUUAUGCCCCUGAACCCAACCAGAAGAUUGUCCUCAACUUCAACCCUCACUUCGAAAUCGAGAAGCACGACUGCAAGUAUGACUUCAUCGAGAUUCGGGAUGGGGACAGUGAAUCCGCAGACCUCCUGGGAAAGCACUGUGGGAACAUCGCCCCACCCACCAUCAUCUCCUCGGGCUCCGUGCUCUACAUCAAGUUCACCUCCGACUACGCCCGGCAGGGGGCAGGCUUCUCCCUGCGCUAUGAGAUCUUCAAGACAGGCUCCGAAGAUUGUUCCAGAAACUUCACAAGCCCCAAUGGGACCAUUGAGUCCCCUGGAUUUCCCGAGAAGUACCCACACAACUUGGACUGCACCUUUACCAUCCUGGCCAAACCCAAGAUGGAGAUCAUCCUGCAGUUCCUGACCUUUGACCUGGAGCACGACCCUUUGCAGGUGGGAGAAGGAGACUGCAAAUACGAUUGGCUGGACAUCUGGGACGGCAUUCCGCAUGUUGGCCCUCUCAUUGGCAAGUACUGUGGGACCAAAACACCCUCUGAACUCCGCUCGUCGACAGGGAUCCUCUCCCUGACCUUUCACACGGACAUGGCGGUGGCCAAGGAUGGCUUCUCUGCACGCUACUACCUGGUUCACCAAGAGCCGCCAGAGAACUUCCAGUGCAAUGUGCCUCUGGGAAUGGAAUCUGGCCGGAUUGCUAAUGAACAGAUUAGUGCCUCAUCUACCUACUCUGAUGAAAGGUGGACACCUCAACAAAGCCGGCUCCAUGGCGAUGACAAUGGCUGGACCCCCAACUUGGAUUCUAGCAAGGAGUACCUCCAGGUGGACCUGCGCUUUCUAACCAUGCUCACGGCCAUUGCAACACAGGGAGCGAUUUCCAGGGAAACGCAGAAUGGCUACUAUGUCAAAUCCUACAAGCUGGAGGUCAGCACUAACGGGGAAGACUGGAUGGUCUACCGGCAUGGCAAAAACCACAAGGUGUUCCAGGCCAACAAUGACGCAACGGAGGUGGUUCUCAACAAGCUGCACACGCCCCUGCUGACCAGGUUCGUCAGGAUCCGGCCCCAGACCUGGCACUCGGGCAUUGCCCUGCGGCUGGAGCUCUUCGGCUGCCGGGUCACAGAUGCCCCCUGCUCCAACAUGCUGGGGAUGCUCUCGGGCCUCAUCCCUGAUUCUCAGAUCUCGGCCUCCUCCACUCGGGAGUACCUGUGGAGCCCCAGCGCCGCCCGCCUGGUCAGCAGCCGCUCGGGUUGGUUUCCCCGGAUCCCUCAGGCCCAGCCGGGCGAGGAGUGGCUUCAGGUGGACCUGGGAGUGCCCAAGACGGUGAAGGGCAUCAUCAUCCAGGGGGCCCGCGGGGGAGAUAGCAUCACUGCCGUGGAAGCCAGGGCGUUUGUGCGCAAGUUCAAAGUCUCCUAUAGCCUAAAUGGCAGAGACUGGGAACACAUCCAGGACCCCAGGACCCAGCAGCCGAAGCUGUUUGAAGGGAACAUGCACUAUGACACCCCUGACAUCCGAAGAUUCGACCCCGUUCUGGCACAGUACGUGCGGGUGUACCCCGAGAGGUGGUCUCCAGCAGGGAUUGGGAUGCGGCUGGAGGUGCUGGGCUGUGACUGGACAGACUCGAAGCCCACAGUAGAGACACUGGGACCCACGGUGAAGAGUGAAGAGACCACCACCCCAUAUCCCAUUGAUGAGGAGGCCACGGAGUGUGGGGAGAGCUGCAACUUUGAGGAUGACAAAGAUCUGCAGCUCCCUUCAGGAUUCAACUGCAACUUUGAUUUCGCCGAGGAGCCCUGUGGUUGGAUGUACGACCAUGCCAAGUGGCUCAGGAGCACCUGGACCGGCAGCUCCAGCCCAAACGACCGGACAUUUCCAGAUGACAGGAAUUUCUUGCGGCUGCAGAGUGAUGGGCGGAGAGAGGGCCAGUAUGCCCGGCUCAUCAGCCCUCCCGUGCACCUGCCCCGAAGCCCUGUGUGCAUGGAGUUCCAGUACCAAGCCACAGGCGGCCGCGGGGUGGCGCUGCAGGUGGUGCGAGAGGCCAGCCAGGAGAGCAAGCUCCUCUGGGUCAUCCGCGAGGACCAGGGCAAUGAGUGGAAACACGGGCGGAUCAUCUUGCCCAGCUAUGACAUGGAGUAUCAGAUUGUGUUUGAGGGAGUCAUAGGAAAAGGACAUUCAGGAGAAAUUGCCAUUGACGACAUUCGGAUAAGCACUGAUGUCCCCCUGGAGAACUGUAUGGAACCCAUCUCGGCUUUUGCAGGUGAGAAUUUUAAAGUGGACAUCCCAGAAAUACAUGGGAGAGAAGGCUAUGAAGAUGAAAUUGAUGAUGAGUACGAGGUGGACUGGAGCAACUCUUCUUCCCCAACCUCAGGGUCUGGGGCCCCUUCGGCCGACAAAGAAAAGAGCUGGCUCUACACACUGGAUCCCAUCCUCAUCACCAUUAUCGCCAUGAGCUCCCUGGGCGUCCUCCUGGGGGCCACGUGUGCGGGGCUUCUGCUCUACUGUACCUGCUCCUACUCGGGGCUGAGCUCCCGCAGCUGCACCACCCUGGAGAACUACAACUUUGAGCUCUACGACGGCCUCAAGCACAAGGUCAAGAUGAACCACCAGAAGUGCUGCUCCGAAGCAUGACAGAUUGCAUCCAAAUCACAUCUGACGUUUCAUUCCAGCAAGAGGGGCUAGUGGAGAUUACAUUUUUUUUUUCCCUUUGGAAAUUGAAUGCCAUAAUCUCAAUCAAACCGAUCCAGAAUACCGAAGGUGUGGACAGAAUGGACAGACGAGUCGAGGGAGGUGGGGAGAUUG